CAGAUGCUCUGCUGUUGCCCACAUGCCAACGCUGUUGUUGGUGUUGGUGUUGGGCGUUUCGUGUUGAACUGUCAAUCUGCUGCAGAAAUUCCGAAAUUUAGGAUUGUAGUGUCAGCCUACUGUUGCCUUCUCAAGAAAAUACCCUGUUUCUUUUGUGCUGUUUGCGUCCAAUCAGUCAUGAAGGACGGUUUUCGACAUUCUGUCAUUGGUGUGGAGCUUUCCAAAGACAAAGAGGCAUCAAAACCCUUGGGUGAUGCCCUCAAUGAACCUAUUAAAAGAAAGAAAGUGCCCCGUCGUAUCCUUCACUUCAGUGAUGGGACUUUGGAGGAGUACAGCACUGACGAAGAGGACACCACAGAUUACAAGAAGGACACUCAACUAGCUCAUAUUGAUCCUAAACAAAUGACAUGGUUUCCCUGGAUGUGGUACCAGGCAGCAACUACUGCAUCACAGACUUUACAGGUUUGCGAUUAUCUGGGCGAGUCAUUGGCCAGUUUCUUUGGAAUAACGACUCCUAAGUAUCAAUAUGAAAUUGAAGAGUAUCACCGCAUUGUUGCCGAGGAAAAGGAAAUGCAAAGAAAAAUGGACAUGGAGAUGGGUGGUUGGGUGACUUCAAGUGAAACAGAAUUCAAUACCAUUGGCAGCCAGCCACAGGUGUCUCAGGAGAGGCAUUGGACUCAUGGCCAGAAAGGAAGACCAGUAUAGUUGGGGUGAUAGUGAAACCAUAUUUUAAUAACCUAUUGUAAGAUAGAGAUGGUCCAUGUUUGCUGGCUAUUUAAGCUUUUACCAAAUGUAUGUAGUGGAAAUUUUCUUUCCAUUUUCCUCUGUUGUAUUCUUCAUAGUUUAAAUAAACAAGCUACUUAUUAAA